UGCUGUUGUUUCUGUUGGUGGUGUGGACAAAACAUUUCACUUGACAUUCAUUUCACAAUAAAAUGAUUUGGCCACAUUCUCUUGGCUGAGCUUUUUAAUAGAUCAGGUUAUAGUCCACCGCAGGUAGCUCUCCAUGACUCACUGUCCCCUCCCAAAACACAUUGUUAUCAACCCUGCCCUCGCCUCAAACAAAACAAAGCAGGUGAGGAGGAGGAGGAGGAGGUGUCUGAUGCGCCCUACCUCCCUGCCCUUCACCUCACCGCCCACCGGCCUGUUUCCUCGUCGUCAUCGUUGAUGUCUCCCUGCCGUGUCACACAGGGCUAUCAACACCGACCGACUGUACCUUUUCAACUGCCACUAAAAAGACAGCAACAUGGCGUACCUCCAGGAGGACAUUCCCGUGUAAAAUGUGGAUUAACGAGCGACAGAUAACACAGUGAAGCAGCACCUGUGCGCCGCAGCGGGGGAAAUGCAGGACGACAGCGGCAAAGCAGCACUCGGGAGCCCCGCUGUAGCAAGUGCACCCACAGCGCAGAAUUCAGUACACUUGAACGGGCAUGCUGUUACUCAGAAUGGCCACAACUCAACACCUACGCCUGCACCACAACCACACUUUGACUCCCAAGCCUCGAGUCGUGCACCCUCUCCAACUCCGGUAAUCCAGAGGGAGCAGUGGGGAGGGAAGUAUGAGUUCCUGCUCUCCUGUAUCGGAUACUGUGUGGGACUGGGGAACGUGUGGCGGUUCCCGUACCUUUGUUAUCGCAAUGGAGGAGGUGUGUUUCUCAUCCCGUACUUCAUUAUGCUCUUUGUUACGGGCGUUCCACUCUUCCUCAUGGAGCUAAGCUUAGGCCAGUACGGAGCAGCUGGCCCCAUCACAGUGUGGAAAUGCUGCCCUCUGCUCAAAGGUAUUGGCAUCGGGAUGAUCUGUGUGUCCACACUGGUGUGUCUCUACUAUAAUGUCAUCAUAGCAUGGACAUUUUACUACCUGGGCAGCUCGUUCCAGAGCCCUCUGCCCUGGUCCUGUGAUGCUAUAGCCAACGCAGCUCUCUGUGGAAACGGCACCACUGGCAACAGCUCCACUGGUAGAGGCCUCAGCCCCACAGAAAUAUUCUGGAAUGAGCGUGUGCUGGGUGUAGUAUACAGUGAGGGCCUCCACGACCCAGGCCCUGUCCGGUGGCCCUUGGCUCUGUGCCUCCUGGCUGCCUGGAUCAUCAUCUUCCUUUGUAUGCUCAAGGGCAUCCGCAGCUCUGGCAAGGUGGUUUAUGUAACAGCUACCUUCCCAUAUUUUGUGCUGAUUGUUUUAAUCAUAAGAGGUGCCACACUGGAAGGCUCUCUUCAGGGCAUUGCUUUCUACCUCACACCAGACUGGAGCCGAUUAUCUAAUGCUCAGGUGUGGAAUGACGCAGCCUCACAGAUCUUCUACUCCUUAGGUAUUGGAGUUGGAGGGCUGCUCUCUAUGGCCUCUUACAAUAAGUUUGACAACAAUGUCAUCAGGGACACUUUGAUUAUCACCACAGGAAACUGCAGCACCAGCUUCUUUGCUGGAUUUGCUAUAUUCUCAAUCCUGGGUCACAUGGCGUGGAAGAAGGGGGUGCCUGUCGGAGAGGUGGCAGAUACAGGUCCUGGGUUAGCCUUUGUUGCUUACCCAGAGGCCCUUGCUCUGCUGCCAGGCUCUGUGUUCUGGUCCAUUAUGUUCUUCCUCAUGCUCUUUAUGCUGGGGAUCGAUACACUGUUUGGAAACAUGGAGGGCAUCGUCACGGCCGUGCUGGAUGAGUUUCCACAUCUCAGAACAAACCCACUGCAAAAGUCCUUGUUCUUGGGCAUUUUGUGUUUUUGCUUCUAUCUGAUGGGUCUCCUGUUGGUGACUAAUGGGGGGAUUUACUGGUUCACUCUCAUUGACUCCUUCAGCACUAGCUUUGGCCUCAUCAUCAUCACCCUCUUCAUGUGCAUUGGCAUCUCCUUCUUCUACGGAGUCAACCAGUUUUGUGAGGACAUCAUAGAUAUGAUCCGCCACUGCCCUCCCUGGUGCACCAAAGUGCUGCUUUACUUCAAAGCAUGCUGGGUUUUCUGCACUCCGUUUCUUCUGCUGUUCAUCCUGACCUACAUCUUCAUCGAGAUGUACAGAACUUCACUCCGCUACGGCUCCUAUGUGUAUCCACUGUGGGGGAAAGCGCUAGGCGUGUGCAUGGGCGCUACCUGCUGUCUACAGAUCCUCAUCUGGGCCAUCGUGGCCAUCAGCAGGGAAACCGGAACACUGAAAGACCGUUUCCAAAAAACGAUUCGACCUCUGAAUUCCUGGAGGGUAAACAACUUGAACAGCACCGGGAGAGUCGAGGAGCGUGUGGAGCCCGAGAGGGUGGAGGCUCCGUUCACUGUCACGCUCACAGACAUGGACUUCACAGCAAUGACAUGGGAGAUGGGAAGCCAGGCGUGACAGCGUGGAGAGCAGGGAUGAACACUUAGUGAUAAACAACCUGUGUUGUCAAGAGACAGAGGAAUUUAUUAUUAUUUGUUAUGUACGUUCUUCGCCCCAGCUAGGCUCUGGUGGCUGUGUCUGAACAGACUGUGUGUCCUGCAGGGCAGAGUGGAUUAUUGCUUUAUUUAUAUCAUUACGGAUAUUUGAAUUGUACUUUUUAACUUUUUUUUUUUACACUGUGUAGAAUGUAAGGUUAACAGCUGUAAAGUUUAUAUCGUCUUCAUCCAGGAUAACAUAAUGGGACCCUACCAGGACAUCUGGAUGUUGAUGAUCAAGCAGGACAUCUGCCGAUCUUAUUUAUUAUCAUAGUAGCAUAGUACAAUUAAUUUUCCUGGACAGCAGUCAACACCAGCUUAAAAUCCGGAUUGCAUUCAUCAUGUACAACAAAAGAGGGACAAAAAAAGUGCAGUGACUCUUGACUGUUACCUUCAACGUGCACAGAUGGACCUGGAGUGGUGACCACAAAUCAUCGGCCUGCAGUGAUAAAUGAGUCAGGAAUACUUUUAAUCCAUUUUACUUUUUAAAACAAACAACUGCUAGAAUCACUGCUAGAGUAAAUAAUUCAUUUUAAAAAAAUGAAUUUGCCAAAUGAACUAUUGAGCACUGUCUAUGUGUCCAUAUGUCUGAUCAUUUGCAUUUCAGUUUGAGGGAAAAUGCAGUUUCUAUACUAGUAUUGUAGACAGGCUUUUAAGUGGGACUAACUAUCUUUUGUUAUCUUUAGAGAAAAAAAUGAUAGGCGUCAGUGGGUAUCUACACACACACACACACACACACGUAGGUUUUUAGUUUAUUUUAGUUUAUUAUGUUCACUGGAACUUGGCUUUGGCAGUUCUUCAUUGUUGAUUUCCCCUUUGCUUUUUAUGACAGAAAGCUCCUUAAAGGUCCAGUGUGUAGGAUUUAGGAGGAUACAUUGGCUGAAAUGGAAUUUAAUAUAAUUUGUAUGUUUUCUUUAGUGUAUAAUCACACCAAAUAAUUACAUUUUCAUUACCUUAGAAUGAGAUGUUUCUAUCUACAUAGGGAGUGGGUCCUCGCCUAGAGUCUGCCGUGUUGCACUGCCAUGUUUCUACAAGCCCCUUAGCAACGAGCAGCGCCUGAAAAACACAGAUUUUUCAGCGUUAAAUUGCUUUAUUUGGUGUUUUUUACCAGUUUUAAUCACCUGGUCUGUUUGUUUUGGAAAGGAAGAGACCUCUGUGGAUAAUUUGGCUCCCGGUUAAAACCUGAAUAAUCAACACAUAAGGAAUUCUAACAGACAGUUCACUCUUGGCACAUGAAAGAAGUUUCACUUUGUUGCAAUCUCAAGGCAACUGAAUCGAACGCAAAAGGACUUGGUUUUGUCUUUAGAAGACGUUUCACCUCUUAUCCAAGAGGCUUCAUCAGUUCAUGCUUGUCUGACUAGGCUGGAACUAGUCUGACAAACUGGUGUGGAAAAACCCAGGUAUUUAACCUCUGAGGAGGUCUUCACAAGGCCCAUGAUGUCAUUGGUUCGUUAGUGCUCCAAUGGUGUGUCAACGAGCCUCUUGGAUAAGAGGUGAAACGUCUGCUAAGACAAAACUAAGUCCAGUUGCUUUCGAUUCAGUUGAGAUAACUAUGACCUGGAUAAAUGAGAAUAUCCACAGGCACUUGGUUGCAAUCUGCAUCUGCCUCACUGCUAGAUGCCACUAAAUGCUACACACUGUUCCUUUAAGUCAUUGUAUAUCAUGAUUAAAUGUCUUAUCUGGAGAGGCACUCAUAGGUUGAAUGUAUCCUCCCCUUUAGGACAUGAUUAUUAUCUUUCUUACAUUUCUAACAACUUUCUGAGGAGGCGAAUGUUACGCUGAUCUGAGGGCCUGCUUAGAGAAUCUGUUGUUUAAAUGUUGUUUAUUGGCAGAUUGGCCAUAAUUUGGAAGUGUUAUUGGACAGUUACUUUACAAAUACUUUUACUAGACCCUUUGCUAGAUAAGCUCAAUGAUAUCAAACUUAGGACAUGAAGGAAAUAAUUAUAUGAGGAAUUAAAAAAGACCUCAGCUCACUCAGACACAUCAGUCAGAUCAAUGUGUUUAUCUCUGUAAGUGUCUGACUGUAAUGGACUGUCCCAGAUAAAUAACAUUGUAAACCG